AUGGCAAGAUCUCAUGGUGAAAAGGAAAAGCCUCAAUCGGACAUUAAUAUUGAAGAGAUCAUCAAGAUUCUUAAACUACAGCCUCACCCCGAAGGUGGCUACUUUAAAGAGACCUUCCGUGACUCCUCGACAGACUCGGCAGGCCGCUCAAGGAGUACAUCCAUAUACUAUGUCCUCCAAGCUGGCCAACAUUCCCAACUACACCGCUUGGACGCUUCUGAAGGUUGGCACCAUUACGCUGGUGGUGCUCUAGAGGUUGUCGAACUUAACGAAGCUGGACCGAAGGUGACGAAGCUGGGAAAGUCCCUAUCAGCUGGUGAGCGACCACAAUAUGUUGUGCCUCCUAGGACGUGGUUUGGUGCCAAGCCUGCGGAUGGUACCGAUUGGGUCCUUGCUGGUUGUACCGUAUCUCCUGCGUUCGAUUUUGAGAAGUUUGAGAUGGGCGACAGAAUGAAACUGUUGGAUGAAUUUGGCGAUAACGAGGGUUGUAGAAAAUGGAUCGAGGAGCUAACGCCGGACCAGUGA